GGAAUCCAAACCCUGGGUUUGAUUUUAUAUAAUUCCCUGCAAAAACAAACGCAAUGCUUAUCGCAAAGCAGGAGAAAAUAUAAUCAGAAUUAAAAGAUUAUGUAUGUAUACCUACACAGUAAUAAUAAUAACGACAAGAGUCAUCGAUUUUUUUUUCUUUUUUUUCUUUCCGUGGUUUGAAUCUGUUUUCCUGCUGAGCCACUUCAUUAUUGAGUACGGAGGAUCACAUCACAACAUACGUUUCAUCGGAUUUGACAUUCUGCAGUCUUCUGCAGGUGUAAUAAGGAUUUAAGCUCCCUGCCCGUCUCGAUCUCCGUCACACACCUUAAAUUUGCUUGUCAGCUGAAUUAGUUGAAGUAAUUGAGUACGAAUAGCUUGUUUUAUUUUUUCGAGAGCGAAACGUGUGGAAAAUUUACUGCAACCUGAGAGUAGUUGUGGCCUGUCAGAUAGAUUGUUGGGGAUUGUGGGUAUGCGGCCUUUAGCGCUUGGGGAUCAUUUUGUAUCUGUUUGGGCUAAGGUGGUUGUGGUAAAGCUGGAAGGGGAAACCGAAAAUCAGAAUUGUGCUGUGUUGCUUUGGAGAUUGCAUUGGCUGCAGUAUAUAGGACUGUCUAUCUCCCUUAAUCACUUGCGAAAAAUCAAUCAAAAGUUGUUGUCGCUACAAGUGGAGUUCUUAAUAUGUGGGUGGGUUAAGAGAGUCCAACUAGGCACCUCUAUCAUUCCAGGAAGGAGUGAUUUCUGCUCUAUAAUUUUGGCAGAAAAGAAAUGCGGAGUCCAUUGGGAAAGAUUGGGGCUCUUUCCCAAAAAAUUAACCCCUUGGGAGCAUUGUCACAAAAUCAUCGCCAUGCAAUAUCAGAGCCUCCAAGAAACAUUCAUUCUUCUCAGGUGACAUCUGGGCAAAAUUCUUCUCCAGCAAUCACUUCUGACAGGCAUGGCAGAGUGAAGUCCUCCAAGAAAAAAGAACUUAGUAUAUCAAUUGAGAAUUCAGCACAUUCAAAAGUACGUGAACACAGAAUUGAUAUUGGAGAUGAAAAUUCUGAUUUAUUGGGACAGUUGUGUAUUUCUGGAAAGCUGGUACCUGAUAAGAAAAACUCAGGUUCAGCUCUCGACAAUCAAUUGUCAAAUUCAAAAACAGAUAAGGCUGAGGUUGAUGCAAAGCUCACAAUCAAGGCAUUUGUUUGGGGUUCACAUUGCCUUGAUCUUAGUGACAUCAUUGCUGUUUCCUACAAUGAGGGAGUUAGGCGUUUUACGGUGCAUUCAUGUCCAUUGGUAAAGACAUCAUGGUUGCCAGGUGCAUUUGGAAAAUCUCAGAGAAAACUGAAAGAUCUUCACUUUUUGGCUUCAAAUCCUGAGGAUGCACUACGGUGGGUUAAUGCCUUUGCUGAGCAGCAACUAUAUGUCAACUGCUUACCACAUCCUCUCUUAUCAUCUAAGCAACAGGGAUCAUAUAUGGAUGCAAGAGAUUUUGCUCCUAGACAAGCAGUUAGAUGCAAAAUUCCCCCUUCAAUGCUUGUGAUACUUAAUCCCCGCUCAGGACGUGGUAGGUCAAGUAAGGUGUUUUACAACAAAGUGCAUCCAAUAUUUCAGCUUGCAGGUUUCAAGCUUGAGGUGGUUGAAACAGAAUCUGCUGGUCAUGCACGUACUUUGGCCUCCAAGGUUGAUCUGAGCAAAUUUCCUGAUGGUAUCAUAUGUGUUGGCGGAGAUGGAAUUAUAAAUGAGGUCCUGAAUGGUUUAAUUAACAGGGAUGAUCCCAAAGAAGCAAUGACUGUUCCAAUUGGAAUUAUUCCUGCAGGCUCUGAUAACUCCCUUGUUUGGACAGUGUUGGGGGUUAGGGAUCCUAUUUCUGCUGCAUUAGCUAUUGUAAAGGGUGGUCUAACAGCGACAGAUGUUUUUGCAGUUGAGUGGGUCCAAACUGGUGACAUUCAUGCAGGUCUUACAGUUGCAUAUUACGGAUUCGUGAGUGAUGUUCUAGAACUUUCAGAAAAGUACCAAAAGCGUUUCGGUCCAUUCCGGUACUUUGUGGCUGGUGCUCUUAAAUUCUUUUGCUUGCCGAAGUACAAAUAUGAAGUUGAGUAUCUCCCUGUACCAGAACCAACGAUAAGCAAUGGUAGUACUGGUGGAAAUAAUGGGUUUGUUAUUGAUGUAUCAGAGAAUCAGUCUGAUAUGUUUGGAAGAAAAUCAAAUAUUGAAGGACUGCCAAGAGCCUCAAGUUUAUCAAGUAUAGAUUCAAUUCUGAUGACACCAAGCCGAAUGUCAGGAGAUCUUGAUGUAAUAACAGGUAGUAACUAUGCAAGCAGUGAACCAUCUGAAUAUGUGCGAGCUUUAGAUGCAAAAACAAAACGUUUAUCCUCUGGUAGGAAUUACUUGCCACCAGAGCCUGAAGAAGUUGUUCACCCUUCAAUGCAAGGAUCUGCAACUCCUACUAGACCCCGAAGAAUGAAGUCCCGAACAGACAAAGGAUGGACAGGACUAAGCACAACAAAUGAUUCCUCAAGAUGUUCAUGGGGAAACCCAGUGACUGUUGAUCGAGAGGAUAUCUCCUCUACGAUGUCCGACCCAGGACCAAUAUGGGAUGCGGAAGCUCGAUGGGACACAGGCCCAAAAUGGGAUACAGAACCAAAAUGGGACGUUGAGAAUAAUCUUGAUGUGAAAGGGUCUAUAGAUGAGAUGCUGACAGGGUCAAAUCAUGAGGUGCAAAAGAUAGAGGAAGAGAAGUGGGUUGUUAGACAAGGUCCUUUUCUUGGUGUGUUGAUAUGUAACCAUCAGUGCAAGACAGUGCAGAACUUGAGAUCACAGGUGCUUGCACCUAGGGCAGAGCAUGAUGAUAAUACUUUAGACCUGUUGUUGGUUCGUGGUGUGGGUAGAAUGAAACUUCUACGAUUUUUUAUACUAAUGCAGUUUGGACGUCAUCUCUCGCUUCCAUAUGUUGAGUAUGCCAAGGUAAAGUCAGUGAAGCUUAAACCAGGUAAGAAUGUCCAUCAGGGGUGUGGAAUAGAUGGUGAACUUCGUCCUCUGAAUGGGCCCAUUUUGACUUCUUUGCUUCCUGAACAGUGCAAGCUUAUUGGUCGGCCUGUACGCAUAUGAUGUUUUUGUGCUGUGUCUGGAUUAAGUGACAGGGCAAUGUUUUUUUGAGGUGGACACUAUGUCAUCAUUGUAUUGUGAUUCUGACUUCUUUUGUGAUACUUGUAUUUGAGAGCCAAUAAGAAGGGAUAGUUUCUGUACAAUGGCAGCGUGCAGUCAAGAUUUUAGUUUUUCUUUCAGAAUAGCUCUUUUUGGAUUGCCUUAAGAGUACGAUUUAUUCUUACAUGUGCGCACCAGGAGUUGUUAGAUUGUCAGUAUUUUUCCCUGUUAAAAUGUACUGUAAAGGCCUAUGUAAUUGAUCUACAAAUUGUAUUUUAAUCAUUUUUUUUCCUGGACUCUGUUUGUUCUAUAAAGCUGUGAGUCUCUUUUAUGACGGAUACAAUUGGCCCAGAAAACCAAUUUCAAUGGCAAAAAUGACUUUGUAUAAAUAAUUCCCACCUUUUCAACCUAAUGAAAUUGCUGCCAUUUCAUUA